CCGCCGCCCCGGCGGGGCAGCGCUGCCCGGGCUCCUGCCGCGCUCUGCGGCCGCCGGCAGCCGGGCAGGGGGAGGGCGCUGCCGGCGUUCUGGCUCUUUCUGUCGGUGCUGGUGGCCGCUGCCCCCGGAGCUCCUCGCUGCUCGGGCGGCGGCGGGGAGCCGGCGGGGGGAUGAGGGAUCGGGGGGACAGCAUUGAGGCAUUGAGGCCGCCGGCUCGGCCCCCCGCCCCGCGGCGGGAGCGGUCCAUCCAUCCCAGAGGAUGCAGCCACCUGCGGGAGCAGAGGUGACGCACGCCGGGCCACCUUGCAGGUGGUCUCGCCGUGAGAUGCAGCGAGAAGAGCCGUGCUGUCGUUCUUGCCCGGGCCGCUCACCUCUCGGUGAAUGUAGGCUGGGUGUUUGUGCCUUGCCCACAGGCCGCCUGCCACAGCGGCCGGUCCCAGCAGCAUCCCCCCAGGUGCUGGCAUCCCCCCAGGUGCUGGCAUCCCCCCAGGUGCUGGCAUCCCCCUGCCGCGGCCGGCGUGCCUCUGUUGGUGGCGGGUGCUGUAACCACCAUGUUGGCUCGAUCUGAUCAGAGCAUGAGUAAUGACAUGGUGGUUGGGUACCUGCAGCCAGGCUGGGCAAGUGCUCCCCUCUGUUGUUGCUCAUGACACCUGGUGUGUUUGCAAGAGCCCUGAUAGGAUGCUGAAAGGACAAUAUUGGGGUAGCUGAGCUUGUCACCCGUGUCAAAGCUACUUCCUUGCCUGAUACAGUGUCAUGGUUAUGAACAGGCAGUCUGUGACCAGGAGGUUAGAUUGAUGUUUGUCAUGAUGACGUGAUGUGAUUUGACACUUUGCAUGCUGAGACUUGCUCUCUUCUUCCUCCAGGUCACUGAGAAGGAUCCUUGUGUUUAUAUAUACCUCUGCUGAAUUAAUCUAACAAAAAGAAUACCUGUACUUUUUUUCUGUUGGGGUUUACUGCUUAUUUACAGUGAUGGAUGAUCUUGCUCUAAAAAUAUUAUGCAGAUGUUAAUUUAUUGCUGUAAAGAUGCAGUUCUAGCCUUAUAACUAGAGACACAAUAUUCUGAUUGUAGAGAAGCCCUAAAGUAUGCAAUGUUUGGAUCUCUACCAUUCUGUUGUUGCUGCCUUCCCCACCUUGCACUUGAGUUCUGUAAUUGAGUCUUCUUUCGUGUGAUACUUACACACUAAUUACACUUCCUUCACACUGCCAUGUGGAAGAAUUUGUGCUACUGUUUGUCCUAGCAUCGGUUAUGGCGUUUUCUUCCUGCUCUGUCUUCUCUCUUCCUCUAUUCCUAAUGCUUUUGGUCUGCUCUGUUUGAGCUUCUCUUACAUAUUUUAACCUUGGCUGUUUUUUCUUUUCAUCCCUUUGUACUUUUCAAGACGCUGCAUCUAGGCCUGCCAUAUCCCUAUUGCUCUCUAUUUUAAGAUUUACUUAGGGUCCAGAUUUCAGAUCUUUCUGCCUUCUAAUGUUCCUUUUCAUGAUACUCCAGGAAGAGUAUUUGGUUAAUGGACAUAUCCCGUGCGUUCUAACCUGCUGAAUGUAUUUUUUUUACCAAGGCUGCUUCCCUGACUAGUUCUUAUGGCAUUACCAAAUGUCCUUUGUCUCUACAUAACUUCAAGAUUCCCUCACCAGCAAUUUUUGAGUAAUGGACUCUGACAAGGAUGUGUUGGUGUGCAUACAUCACUACCAGUCAAACUUUCAAACCCCAGCUGUCGCUGUUGUUGCUUCUGCCCUCACUGAGUGACAGGCAAGAACCAGAAUGUCUUGGGAAGGACUCAAGUUACAAGUCAUAAUGAAUCUCAGUUUACCAGGAACAUCAGUGAAACACUGCAACUGAGGAAUCACUGAUUGGAACAGAAGAUGUGCUGGUCUAAACAUGAAUCCACAGCUCUUGAGCAGGUUCUGUGAACAACAGUUGCUUCCAAAAUCCGUUACCUUCAAGAAUACCAUAACCGGGUUCUGCACAACAUAUACCCUGUGCCCUCUGGAACUGACAUUGCAAAUACUCUGAAAUACUUUUCUCAGACGUUAUUGAGCAUUUUGUCCCGCACAGGGAAGAAGGAGAAUCAAGAUGCCUCCAAUUUGACAGUGCCCAUGACCAUGUGUCUUUUUCCUGUGCCAUUCCCACUCACCCCAUCUCUAAGACCACAGGUCAGUUCCAUCAACCCUACUGUUACUCGCUCCCUCCUUUACAGCGUCCUGCGAGAUGCUCCAUCUGAACGUGGCCAGCAAAGUCGUGAUGCUCAGUUAUCAGACUACCCAUCUUUGGACUAUCAAGGACUUUACGUGACACUGGUGACACUACUGGAUCUAGUUCCCUUGCUCCAACAUGGGCAACAUGAUCUUGGCCAAUCAAUUUUUUACACUACUACAUGCUUGCUUCCUUUUCUCAAUGAUGAUAUUUUGAGUACCUUACCCUAUACAAUGAUUUCAACAUUAGCUACCUUUCCUCCAUUUCUGCACAAGGAUAUUAUAGAGUAUCUCAGCACAUCUUUUCUCCCUAUGGCUAUAUUGGGAUCUUCAAAACGAGAAGGUGUUCCAGCACAUGUCAAUCUGUCUGCAUCAUCAAUGCUGAUGAUUGCAAUGCAGUACACAUCAAACCCAGUGUAUCACUGCCAAUUAUUGGAGUGUCUCAUGAAAUAUAAGCAAGAAGUAUGGAAAGAUUUGCUAUAUGUAAUAGCCUAUGGACCAUCUCAAGUUAAACCUCCGGCAGUACAAAUGUUAUUUCAUUACUGGCCCAAUUUAAAACCCCCUGGGGCAAUCAGUGAAUACAGAGGACUUCAGUACACAGCCUGGAAUCCUAUUCAUUGCCAGCACAUUGAAUGCCAUAAUGCGAUUAACAAACCCGCUGUGAAGAUGUGCAUUGACCCAUCCCUGUCUGUGGCUUUGGGUGAUAAGCCACCUCCCCUGUAUCUUUGUGAAGAAUGCAGCCAGAGAAUUGCAGGAGAUCACAGUGAAUGGUUGAUUGAUGUUCUUCUGCCACAAGCUGAAAUUUCUGCUAUAUGUCAGAAGAAGAACUGCAGCUCCCACGUCAGAAGAGCGGUUGUCACGUGCUUCUCGGCCGGCUGCUGCGGCCGCCACGGCAAUCGGCCGGUGCGCUACUGCAAGAGGUGCCACUCCAACCACCACAGCGAGGUGGGCGCGGCCGCCGAGACGCACCUGUACCAGACCUCGCCGCCACCCAUCAACACCCGCGAGUGCGGCGCCGAGGAGCUCGUGUGCACCGUGGAGGCUGUCAUCAGCUUGCUGAAAGAAGCAGAGUUUCACGCUGAGCAGAGGGAGCAUGAGCUCAACCGAAGGAGGCAGAUGGGGCUCUCCUCUUCCCAUCACUCCCUGGACAACACAGACUUUGAUAAUAAAGAUGAUGACAAGCAUGACCAACGCCUCCUGAGCCAGUUUGGUAUAUGGUUCUUGGUGAGCCUUUGCACUCCCAGUGAGAAUACACCCACAGAGAGUUUAGCAAGGCUGGUCAGCAUGGUGUUCCAGUGGUUUCACUCUACAGCUUACAUGAUGGAUGAUGAAGUUGGAAGCCUGGUUGAGAAGCUGAAGCCCCAGUUUGUUACUAAGUGGCUGAAGACUGUUUGUGAUGUCCGGUUUGAUGUCAUGGUUAUGUGCCUCCUGCCAAAGCCAAUGGAGUUUGCCAGGGUUGGUGGAUACUGGGACAAAUCCUGUAGUGCUGUAACCCAGUUGAAAGAAGGGCUGAAUCGAAUCCUUUGCUUGAUUCCCUACAACGUGAUAAACCAGUCAGUGUGGGAGUGUAUCAUGCCAGAAUGGCUGGAAGCAAUAAGGACAGAAGUGCCCGAUAACCAGCUGAAAGAGUUUCGAGAAGUGCUGAGCAAAAUGUUUGACACUGAGCUGUGUCCUCUCCCCUUCUCCUUGGAGGAGAUGUUUGGCUUUAUUAGCUGUCGCUUCACAGGGUAUCCAUCUUCUGUGCAAGAGCAGGCCUUGCUCUGGCUGCAUGUGUUGUCUGAACUAGACAUUGUGGUUCCUCUUCAGUUACUAAUCAGUAUGUUUUCUGAUGGAGUUAAUUCUGUAAAAGAAUUAGCAAAUCAAAGAAAAUCAAGAGUCAGUGAACUGGCAGGAAAUCUUGCAGCUCGGAGGGUAAGCGUUGCUUCUGACCCUGGGCGCAGAGUUCAGCACAACAUGCUCAGUCCUUUCCCAAGCCCCUUCCAGAGCCCAUUUCGGAGUCCAAUACGUAGUCCUUUUCACAGCCCUUUCAAGAAUUUUGGACAUCCUAGUGGAAAAACAAUUGAUUUUGAAUGUGAAGAUGAGGAAAUGAAUCUCAAUUGCUUCAUUCUGAUGUUUGAUCUAAUCCUGAAGCAGAUGGAACUCCAGGAUGAUGGUGUCACUUUGGGCUUAGAGAACAGCAUCUCAAAAGAUAUAAUAUCCAUCAUAAACAAUGUGUUUCAGGCACCCUGGGGUGGUUCUCACACCUGUCAGAAAGAUGAAAAAGCAGUUGAAUGUGGUCUGUGCCAGUCCAGCAUUCUGUGUUACCAGUUGGGUUUUGAGCUGCUGGAACAGCUUGCUCCAAAGGAAGAAAUCAGACUUGUGGAGCCCACAGAUAACCUCGAGGAUAGUCUUCUGUAUACUAGACCUGAGUUUAUUAUAGGAACUGAAGGAGAAGAGGAAGACAAAUCAGCACCAAAGCAUGGAGAAAACCCAGGAAAUCACACAGAGACCACAGAAAAUGCUGCGAUAAAGAAUGACACAGAAAGGAAGUUUUGUUAUCAGCAACUUCCAGUUACCUUGAAGCUCAUAUACACUAUAUUGCAGGAAAUGUCAAGGUUUGAAGAACCAGACAUUCUUUUUAACAUGCUGAAUUGUCUGAAGAUCCUGUGUCUUCAUGGGGAAUGCCUGUAUAUAGCAAGAAAAGACCAUCCACAAUUUCUUGCCUAUAUUCAAGAUCACAUGUUGAUUGCAAGCUUAUGGGGAGUUGUGAAGUCUGAAUUCUCUCAGCUUUCUUCCCUGGCAGUCCCACUUCUUCUUCAUGCACUUUCGCUUCCUCAUGGAGCUGACAUUUUCUGGACAAUCAUAAACAGCAAUUUCAACAGUAAAGACUGGAAGAUGAGAUUUGAAGCAGUUGAGAAAGUGGCUGUGUUGUGCAGAUUUUUGGAUAUUCACUCUGUGACAAAAAACCACCUACUCAAGUACUCUUUGGCUCAUGCAUUCUGCUGUUUCCUGACUGCUGUGGAAGAUGUCAACCCAGCAGUGGCUACAAGAGCUGGACUAUUACUUGACACCAUAAAGAGGCCAGCUUUACAGGGUCUCUGCCUCUGCCUUGAUUUCCAGUUUGACACAGUUGUCAAGGAUAGGCCAACAAUUCUUAGUAAGCUUUUGCUGCUUCAUUUUCUAAAAGCAGAUAUCCCAGCUUUGAGCUGGGAGUUCUUUGUGAAUCGCUUUGAGACUCUGUCUUUGGAGGCGCAGCUUCAUCUGGACUGCAACAAAGAAUUUCCUUUCCCAACAACUAUCACUGCUGUCCGGACCAAUGUGGCCAACCUCAGUGAUGCGGCAAUGUGGAAGAUCAAGAGGGCUCGUUUCGCGCGCAACCGCCAGAAGAGCGUGCGCUCCCUGAGGGACAGCGUCAAGGGACCCGCCGAGUCCAAGAGAGCGCUCUCCCUUCCGGAAACCUUAACCACCAAAAUUCCUGUGAGCUUGACCAGACAUGAGCAGUCUGCACCAGCACUUGGAGGAACACCAGAGCAAACACCAGGACAACCUUCCCCAGAGAACGAUAAUACAAUAAAAGACCUGCUGCCAGAGGAUGCUGGGAUUGACCACCAGACUGUGCACCAGCUGAUCACAGUGCUGAUGAAGUUCAUGGCAAAGGACGAGAGCAGCGCGGAGUCGGACAUCAGCAGCGCCAAAGCUUUCAACACGGUCAAGCGCCAUCUGUACGUCCUGCUCGGCUACGAUCAGCAGGAGGGAUGCUUCAUGAUUGCACCCCAAAAAAUGCGUGUCUCAACCUGCUUCAACGCCUUUAUUGCUGGAAUAGCACAAGUGAUGGACUAUAACAUCAACCUGGGAAAACACCUUCUUCCCUUGGUGGUGCAGGUGUUGAAAUACUGCUCUUGUCCUCAGCUAAGGCAUUACUUUCAGCAGCCUCCUCGCUGCUCCCUCUGGUCCCUCAAACCUCACAUUCGGCAGAUGUGGUUAAAAGCUUUGCUUGUUAUUCUGUACAAGUACCCCUACAGAGACUGUGAAAUCAGCAAGAUUGUACUGCACCUAAUCCACAUCACAGUCAAUACCCUGAACGCUCAGUAUCACAGCUGCAAGCCCCAUGCAACUGCUGGUCCUUUGUAUAGUGACAACAGUAACAUAAGCCGGUACAGUGAAAAGGAGAAAGCAGAGGAAGACAGUGUUUUUGAUGAAUCUGAUAUUCAUGAUACACCAACUGGACCUUGCAAUAAAGAGUCUCAAACUUUCUUUGCAAGACUGAAAAGAAUUGGUGGCAGCAAAAUGGUGAAAUAUCAACCAGUUGAGAUGAAUGCUCAGAGAAGUGAAAUAGAGCUGGCUGAAUAUAGAGAGACGGGGGCCUUACAAGACAGUAUUCUACGCUGUGUGAGAGAAGAAAGCAUUCAGAAAAAAAAACUGCGCUCUCUAAAACAAAAAUCUCUUGAUAUAGGGAACGCAGACUCCCUGCUGUUCUCGUUAGACGAACACCGCAGGAAGUCCUGCAUAGACCGCUGUGACCUAGAAAAGCCUCCUGUCCCUGCUGCUCACGCCACGCACAGGCACAGCGACUAUGGACGGUCUCGGCAGAAUUCUUCCACCAAAGCUGAAACUAUAGACACACAGGAAAGUCUGCCUCACACAGAGAGUUUCCAGGAAACCAAAAGACCUGUCAUACCAGAGGUUAGGCUAAAUUGCAUGGAAACCUAUGAAGUGAAAGUGGACUCCCCAGUUAAAACUGCUGAUCCCAAGGAGGAUUUAGAUCUGAUAGAUUUGUCCUCCGAUUCGACAUCGGGUCCUGAAAAACAUUCAGUGCUCUCCACUUCAGACAGUGACUCUUUAGUCUUUGAACCACUUCCUCCCCUUAGAAUAGUGGAAAGUGAUGAAGAAGAAGAAACAACAAACCCACUGAAUGAUGAGGUCUCUGGCAAAACUGCAGUUUCAUCUCCUUCAACUCCUAUCAAUGUGUCUGCGCUCAGCCUCAGCACGACUCCGCUGGUGCAGUUCAGCAUUGAAGAUUGCUCCAAAGACUUCAGUUCUAAGGAUACAAGCAACAAUACUUCAGCAGGAAUAGAGGAGGUCAUUUUCAUUUCUCCCAAAGAUCAGAAGGACUCUUCAGAGUUAGUUAAGCCAGAAGCAUUUCAGGACAUGUCCUCUGGAAACUCACUAACUCUGAAACAGAAAAGGGACCUGCUGCAGAAAUCAUCUGCCCUUCCAGAAAUGUCCCUUGAUGACAACUCUGAGCUCAGUGUGGAGGAAAUUAAACCUAGUGGAACAAUUCCAAGCCCAAAUGUAAAGACAGUCCUUAUUAAAGUCCCUGAAGAUUCUGAAAAGCAAACAGAAAGUGAUAAACUUGAUACCAAUACAGAGUCUGACACUGAACAAAACACAGAGCAGAAACAAGAAGGGGAGACCGAGGAGUCAGAAUUUAAGAUUCAGAUUGUUCCUCGCCAGAGGAAACAGAGGAAGAUUGCUGUGAGUGCUAUUCAGAGAGAAUACCUGGACAUUUCCUUUAACAUCCUUGACAAGCUGGGAGAGCAGAAGGAGGCAGAUUCUGCUGCCAAAGGACUUUCAACACUGGAAAUGCCAAGAGAGUCAUCAUCUGCACCAACUCUUGAAGCAGGUGUUCCAGAGACAAGUAGUCACUCUUCCAUAUCAACUCAGUUCAGACAAAUGAAAAGAGGCUCUUUGGGAGCUCUGACAAUGAACCAGCUAAUGAAGAGGCAGCUGGAACACCAGUCUAGUGCUCCCCACAAUAUCAGCACUUGGGAUACUGAGCAGAUACAGCAUGGAAAGAGGCUGUGCAAUGUCCCUGUUUGCCUAAACCCAGAUUUGGAGGGACCACCACUGAGAAUCAGAGGUGCUACAAAAUCUAGUUUGCUGUCAGCACCCAGUAUAGUCAGUAUGUUUGUACCUGCACCAGAAGAAUUUGCUGAUGACCAGCCCAUUCUGAUGACUGACAAGUGCCAUGACUGUGGGGCUGUUCUGGAAGAAUAUGAUGAAGAAACACUAGGCCUGGCCAUAGUUGUGCUCUCAACCUUCAUUCACCUCAGUCCAGACUUGGCUGCUCCUCUGCUAUUGGACAUCAUGCAGUCCGUAGGAAGGUUGGCAUCAAGCACCAGUUUUUCUAACCAAGCAGAAAGCAUGAUGAUCCCUGGAAAUGCUGCAGGUGUGGCCAAGCAGUUCCUCCGGUGUGUGUUCCACCAGCUGGCUCCCAAUGGCAUCUUCCCUCAGCUCUUCCAGAGCAUUAUUAAAGAUGGAAGCUUCUUACGGACCUUAGCUACAUCUCUGAUGGACUUCAGUGAGCUGAGUUCCAUUGCUGCUCUGAGCCAGCUGUUAGAGGGUUUAAACAACAAAAAGAAUUUGCCAGCAGGGGGUGCGAUGCUACGCUGUUUGGAAAACAUUGCUACCUUUAUGGAAGCCUUGCCCAUGGAUUCCCCCAGCAACCUCUGGACCACAAUUAGUAAUCAGUUUCAGACCUUCCUUACUAAACUCCCAUGUGUUUUGCCUCUUAAGUGUUCUUUAGACUCUAGUUUAAGAAUCAUGAUUUGCUUGUUGAAGAUACCUACCACUAGCGCCACCAGGAGUCUUCUGGAACCUUUUUCAAAAUUACUGAGUUUUGUAAUUCAGAAUGCUGUCUUCACUCUGGCCUACCUGGUGGAACUAUGUGGUUUGUGCUACCGAGCCUUCACAAAGGAAAGGGACAAAUUCUACUUGACACGCUGUGUUAUAUUGGAGUUACUGCAAGCACUCAAGUUGAAGUCGCCCUUACCAGACAUGAAUCUGCUGCUGUUGGUGCAGUUUGUUUGUGCAGAUGCUGGAACAAAACUAGCUGAGUCAACAAUUCUGCAUAAACAGAUGAUUGCCUCAAUGCCUGGAUGUGGAACAGCAGCAAUGGAAUGCAUGAGGCAGUAUGUUGGGGAAGUGCUGGAUUUCAUUGCAGAUAUGCAUACCUUAACCAAAUUGAAGAGUCACAUGAAGACUUGUUCUCAGCCACUGCAUGAGGACACGUUUGGUGGACAUCUGAAAGUUGGUUUAGCUCAGAUUGCUGCUAUGGAAAUCACCCGGGGGAACCACAGGGACAACAAAGCUGUGAUCCGGUAUUUGCCUUGGCUUUACCAUCCUCCUUCAGCAAUGCAGCAAGGGCCCAAAGAGUUCAUAGAAUGUGUCUCACACAUUCGUUUGCUGUCCUGGCUACUUCUGGGGUCUCUGACACACAAUGUUGUCUGUCCAAAUUCUCCAUCAUCUUGCAUGCCUAUUCCACUGGAUGCAGGUUCACAAAUUGCUGACCACCUUAUUGUUAUUCUGAUUGGGUUUCCAGAGCAAUCAAAGACAUCUGUUCUGCACAUGUGUUCCCUGUUCCAUGCAUUUAUAUUUGCUCAGCUCUGGACAGUGUAUUGUGAACAAACAGCAGUAGCUCCGACAGUGCAGAAUCAGAAUGAAUUCAGCUUUACAGCAAUCCUCACAGCCCUGGAGUUCUGGAGCCGAGUGACACCGAGCAUCCUGCAGCUAAUGGCACAUAACAAAGUGAUGGUGGAAAUGGUAUGCUUGCAUGUGAUCAGUUUAAUGGAGGCUUUACAAGAAUGCAACUCUACUAUCUUUGUAAAGCUCAUACCAAUGUGGUUGCCAAUGAUACAGUCAAACCUAAAGCAUUUAUCUGCUGGACUUCAGCUCCGCCUCCAAGCCAUCCAGAGCAACGUCAACCAUCACAGCCUGAGGAUGUUACAGGGGUCAGGACAAAUGAACAAUAGCUCAUCUGUGCUUCGCAAGUGGCUGCAGUGUACCCAGUUUAAAAUGGCUCAAGUAGAAAUUCAGUCAUCAGAAGCUGCGUCUCAGUUUUACCCUUUAUGAUUCAUGUAACUUGUUCCAAAAUAGUCAUUUUUUUAGCCUAGCAAUAACAGGGUUAGAGCUGUAAAAGACCUUUUGUAUAAAUCCAUAUACAGAUUAUAUACUGUAUCUACACUUUUUAGCCUAGGACAGAUUGUGAAAAAGCUUAUAAUGGGUGAAGCUAAGAGCCUGCUCCUGCCAGUUUAUAAUUACAGUUACUCAGGAUCAACAGGUUCUAAGUCUGCUUUCAUGAACAUGGAUUGGACUCAAGUCUAUCAUAUUGUACAUAUCACUCUGAUCAUUGAAAUAAAUUGUUCUUAAAUGUUCCUUUACAUUAUUUUUGAAGCUAAAACAAAAAAUCACUUUUAUUUAACUUCUAUUUUUUUUAAAAAAUAGAAUUGUGGGUAUUCACAAACAUGGAGUGCUAUGUUGCUAUUUUUGAGAAUUACAAAACAAAAUAGGGUUUUUAGGAACCUUUAUAUAAGUUUUUAGGGGGGAGGUUUUGUUUUUGUUCUUUUUUUUUUUUAGAUUCACAGCUGGCAAUGCAAUAAAAUCUGUCACUAUAAAACAGUGAUGCUCUAAUGAGGCUUUUUGUCAUCAUCUUCUGGGAAAACAGCAGCUUGUAAGGAGAGUUGUUAUGAAGUGCACUUAGAAAUUAGGUUGUUAAACUGUGCCAAUUAAUUUGUGGGGUUUUUUCAGUACAUUUUCCAAAACUGCCAGGUCUGACUUAUUAUUUUUUUAAAUACUGCUUUUACUUCAUUGAUUCUAUGCUGCUAUUCUUUGUAGGUUUCAUAGAAGCCUCUUUAACUUUGUGACUACUCUAUUGUAUUCUUCUGUUGAUAUUUGUAUACAGUGCAAUUAAAAAGAUAUCCCAAAUCUAUUCUUA